UUACUUAAUUUCAUGAUAUAAAGAAGAUUUAAGAGAUCUAAAAGUGGAACACAUCUGUGACGAUAAAGCGUAUUUGCAUGUCACACAUUGUAUUGUCUCUAGAAUAUCUAAUACAUAAGAUAAGGAACGUAUGCAAUCAGUGAAAAAAAUUCCACAACGUGAGUAAUAUGUUAGUACAUGGUUUCGUCACGUUUGUAUUUUUAAGAAUAUACAUCUCUCGACUAUAUAAAUGAGCAGAAAAUUUAUUCUAGACUAUAACGGUUGCGAGAGUGUAUGACAAAGUACAUCUAAGAAUCCAAGAGUAACGUUUCCAGUUGUAUUGUAUAAGUGACGUUGAAAAUAUAGCAAAACAAAAUGUUACGUUUAAGUAUUUGGAUUGGAUUAUCGAUUUUGUAUGGAACUAUUUUGGCACAGGAUAUAUUGCCGCAUGGCGAAUUGCAACGUUACAUCUCACACGUAACUGAUCAAACUUCACGAAACGGAAGAUUUGGCUUCUCUGCUCUGGAGCGACUACGUAAAAGUUUUUGCGACUCGUUUUGCAAAUCUGCAGAUACUAUGCCGUAUGUCUUAAAUCUCUUGUGUGCUGCAAAAUGUCCGGAUUUAUAUUUACCGCAUGGAACGACAACGGAAAGUAUACCAUCGAUGUCAACGACUUCAGCUACUACAACGACACCAUUACCAAUGUCGCUAAGUGGUCCCGGCCAACAACAGAAUCCAACAUCAGCAACUGGACCAAAUUCGGCCCCAGCCUCUGUGCCCGUACCAAAUCCGGCACCAGCCUCUGCGCCCGCAUCAACUCCGGCACCAGCCUCUGCGCCCACAUCAACUCCGGCACCAGCCUCUGCGCCCACAUCAACUCCGGCACCAGCCUCUGCGCCCACAUCAACUCCGGCACCAGCCUCUGCGCCCACAUCAACUCCGGCACCAGCCUCUGCGCCCACAUCAACUCCGGCACCAGCCUCUGCGCCCACAACAACUCCGGCACCAGUCUCUGCGCCCACACUAACUCCGGCACCAGCCUCUGCGCCCACAACAACUCCGGCAGUAGGGUGACCAACUCUUAAACAUUUAAUUUCGGGACAUCAGUUUCCGAAAAUCGGGACAGAACCAAAAAAAUCAGGACUUUUAUUAGUACAUCAGAUUACCUUGUAAUAUGCAUGUACAUGUCCCUUCUUGUUUAUUUUACAUAUAUGAUAUAUCUUGACAUAUUAUCUUUUUUAAAUAGGUAUGUUGAAUAAAUUAGAUACACGUAGAUAAGGCAAAUGUUUCUUCAUUAUUAAGUCAACAUCGAACAUUCGACAGAACAUAGUCUUUUACUAUUUUUCAAAUAUAAAUAAUCAUUAAUCUAUUAUAAAUUAGACUAAUAAAAUUCUUAAAAUAAAAUGAAAGAACAAUCAUCAAUGGAACAUAAAAGCAGGAACAUAAAAUAUAAAGGUUAUAAUGAAAUUUAGUUAAUGAAUAUAUGACGUAUUAUUAUAUUUUAUAUUAUUUAUCUUACAUUAUAUAAAAAAUCGGGACAAAUGGCGUCCCGCCUAAGGUUCUCUCGGGACAGCUCUAAAGAGAGUCGAAAAUCGGGAUGUCCCGAAAAAUUCGGGACGGUUAGUCACCCUAGGCACCAGCCUCUGUGCGCCCGCACCAACUCCGGCACCAGCCUCUGCGCCCGCACCAACUCCGGCACCAGCCUCUGCGCCCGCACCAACUUCGGCCCCAGCCUCUACGCCCGUAUCAAUUUGAACCCACCUACCUAACCCACCUCAUAAUUUCCGAGCGGACAUGAUCGAAGACAUUAGGCAGAAUUGGUAAAAAAUUUUAUGUAAAGCAAAUUACCUUAGAUUAAAAAAUUUGAUGUUACAAAUAUAACAAAAACAUUCUAUAACAUAAAUACAAUGAUACUAACAAUAACAACUAAUGUAAGAUUGUUAAAUGUGCAAAUAAAUGCAAUAAAUGCAAAGUUGAAAAA